AAAUAACGUCAAACAACGCGAGUAUACUUUAUUACAAAAACAUCGGUGAACUGAUCUCGGCCGUGAUCGGUCAACCAAUCUAGUUGAUUAUUGGAUAAAUAAAAGAAUUAUAAACAAUAAACAAAGAAAAUUUAUUUAUUCCAUACAAUUAAAAUGUGUACGAGUCAAGUAUUAAAUAGUUGUGGAUGACAUACAUGUAACCAUUAGUUGUGGAUGACAUAACCAAUACUUUGUGGACAACUUUACCAGUGGUUGUGGACAACUUAACUGUGGAUGAGUUUGCUUGUGGAUGAGUUAAUUGGCACCUGUUGAAUGGUAUGGUGGUCUGAAUGAGCCUUGAAUUUUGGUCCGAAUGAGCCAUGGGUUGCAGAAUGGAAGCAUACAGCUACUGGAGUGUAUGGAACACUUGGGACCUUCUUUAACUAAUACUGACACAAGUAUUCGAGGAUGUGCCACUAAAUUAAUAGCAGAUAUCUUACAUAAUAUCUCAUCUAGUUGUUUAUCUAAUCAAGAGGUUGGUGUUUUAACAAGAUUUUUGUGUGAAAAGUUAUGUGACCAUCAUUCUAUACAGCCACCAACACUUCAUGCAUUGGCAGCAUUGGUCACGUUUGAUAAUUUACCUGAUGGGUGUUCUGAACAGAUUUGUCGUCAAAUAUUUAGAGAAGUCCAAAACCAGUCGUUGAGUCAAGUGGAUCGAAGGAGUGUCUAUAAUAUUAUCAAUAGUUUGUUAUCAACAAAACUUGCCGAGUUACAGACAAUGAAGAGUGAUUUUGUACAUGGAUAUAUUCAAACUAUGGAUGCAGAGAAGGAUCCACGGAACUUGAUCUUAGCCUUUCAGAUAUCUAAAACAGUUAUCUUGAAUUUCUCUUUAGUUGUUUUUGUUGAAGAAAUGUUUGAAGUGAUUUCUUGUUAUUUUCCUGUUAGUUUUACACCGCCACCAGAUAACCCACAUGGUAUAACUAAAGAAGAUUUGGUUUUAUCUCUGAGAGCUUGUCUAGCUUCUACACCUUUAUUUGGUGAAUAUUGUUUACCUUUACUGUUAGAAAAACUCACUUCAGAUAUACAAUCAGCUAAAAUAGAUUCAUUACAAACACUAGCAGAGUGUGCUAGUGUAUAUGGUAGCAGUGCAUUGAAAGAGUAUAUUAGUUCCUUCUAUUCUUGUAUCAGAAAAGAGGUUGUAGAAGAAGAUAGUGAACAAGUAAAAUAUGCAGGUUUAAACGCUUUAUCAGCUAUUAUAUCUACUUUAUCAUCAGAUAUAUCAGAUAUUGAAUCACCCUCUGUUUUAAAGAGUUAUAUAGAAGAAAUAUUAGCAGAAUAUAGAGUGUAUUUGUUGAAGUCUGAUGUAAAGAUAUUAUAUAGUACUAGUUCAUUAUUACAUUGUAUAUGUAGAACUAGUUCUAUAGCAUGCUGUAUGGUGUUAACUACAGUUAUAUCAGCUAUAUUAUUACAAUAUUACAAUCAAACACAGAUAUUAUGUAGAAGGUGUUUAAUAGAUAUUUUAAACAGAUAUAUUACCUGCGCAUCUAGUCACAAUACAGAUUCAGUGUUAUCCAUAGUACAGUCCCAUAAAACCGAUUUACUCAAAACAUAUACAGAUCUUAUUACUACACGAGAUAAAGACAUGAGUUGUCAUGGUAUCCAAGGAGUGGCAGCCAUCUUUAAUUGUAGAAAUGUUUUAACCGAGAAAGAAGCAGACGAACUUGGACACCAUCUUGUUAAAAUACUUCUCAACAAUAAAGACAAGACAAUAAGAUGUGAAACUGUAUCAGCAUUGAAAAUUUUAUCUCAGAAGUUUACCGAUGUGGUCAAGACUUCAAUUUUACCUAAUUUGAUUGACUCUCUCAAGUAUGAAAAGAUGGAUAUUGAAGCAGAAUAUCAUUUACCAGCAGAAGAAUUAUUAUCUAUAAUAGCUGAUAUAUCUAACCAGGUUUCUUUAAUGAAAGAUGUUUGUGAUUUGAUAUUUCUACAACUAACAAAUAAUAAUGAUAAAUUAUGUAGUAAUGCAGUUUUAACCCAGAGUCUCUAUACAAUGAUUAAUAAUAACAAGCUGUCUAGUGAUGUUAUACAGUUUACUAUAGAUUCUAUACUACCUAGAAUAUUACAACUUAUACAACACCAUUAUACUACUCUAACAUCAACUGAUAUACAAUAUCUAGCUAGCAUUUACAGAAUUACUAUGGCAACCAUAGAUAACAGUGCAUCAAUUAAUAUAGUAAAACAAAUAAUAGAAGUGUUUUUACACAACAGUAACUUUCAACCAUUAAAGAAGUCAUCUGUACAAGAAAGAAGAUUACAACCAAUAUUAUCAGCUGUAAUAUGCUCAUUACAUAAAUCUGAAAGUUUACCAGAUAAAGAGAUCAUAUUAGCUGAUAUUUUAGCAUUAGCUGUUAAUAAUGAUGAUGAUGAAGCUAUAGAUGAAAACUCUAUAAAAUGUUUAGCUGGUUUAAUCAACAAAUUACCAGAAUCUGAUGUAAAUGUCAUUAUAAGUAAAGUAGAAGAAUAUAUUAAACCAGUGUUUACUCAAGAUACCACCUGUAAACAAAAUGAAAGAUGUAUUUUAUUAUUAGCAUGGGUAACAAAAUCACUAGUUUUAAGAAAUCAUCCAACUGGAAAAGUCUACUUUGAAAAGUUAAUAAGUUUAUUAAGUAAUUCUACAGUGGGUCAUAUAGCAGCAGACAGUUUUAUUAUAAUACUGAGUGAAUAUGAAGAUAUUUUAAACCGUACAAUGAAAGCUGAUAUUAAGAUGUUUUAUCAACAACGAUUAUUUGUAGAACACUGUGGACAGAUAUUAAAUGGGUAUAACCAGUCAGAUAAUAGUGAACUGAAGAAGAACUUUUUGAUAGCUCUAUCCCAUUUAAUUAAACCAUUACCAAAACAUGUCUUUCUUUCUGAAUUGCCACCUUUGUUGCCCUUAUUGAUUAAUUCUCUGGUGUAUGAAGAUGAAAAUCUGUUACAACUUACCUUAGCAACCAUACAAACAUUAUGUGCUGAUGAUUCUGGUUCUGUAAUACUAUGUAAUCAACUGCAAGCAAUAAUACCUCAGUUAUUGAAAUUAUCACAAUAUCAAAAAAACAUGCAAAUACGAAUGUCAGCUCUAAAAUGUUUAAAAUCGCUGACCAAGUUGCCCGUACACUUUCUGUUACCGUACAGGAAUAGUGUAACACGUACAUUACAGCCUGUAUUAGAUGAUCGAAAACGAUUAGUAAGAGGUGAAGCUGUUACAGCUAGAACUGCUUGGUUUUUAAUUGCUGAGCCUGGUUCAUAAUAUUAUAGUGCUCUAUAUAGUCCUGACUGAGUCCUGUUCAACAUGUAUUGCUCUUUAAUUUUAAAACUAGAUAAGGUCUGUGGUCUGGGUUGUUGUGCCAUCCAGUGUGUUAAUGAGUUUCUGAAGUUCAGACUCUGUUUUGGAUAAUUUUUAGAACUGUUACCUGAUUAUUGGGUAAAUCAUCCAAUGUGAACGAAAGCAAUUUGCCACUCAACAUCAUGAGAUUUCAUUCUUGCAUUAUAGUAUGGUUAGACUGUUGAGUUUGUUGAGAAAAUUCUUGUGAAAAGCUAUGUUACUAAACCAAUUUACUAAGCUUAUCAUAUGUGCAGAUACAUUGAACCAUAACCAAAUAACUCUAUCACUAUAUUAUAACAAUAGUACUUGAUAUUACCUAUACAACCGACUAUAUGGUUCCGCAUUACAUGUAAGAGAAUAAUUUCAGUCUGUAAGGCUGUUGUAUGAUACACACUUAUGUAAUAUAUUAAAGACAAUUAUAAUUGUAAAUAAAAAGUUAUUGUUAAA